AUGUUGAACCUAGCUUCCCCUUGUGAACAAUGGUAUUUGCGAAUUUAUAAUAAGCGGAUCCAUUCAUCGCCUUUGAAGCUUCCCCAACUCUACAUCAGUGGUGAGUUACAUGGCGAUGAACAGUUGGGUCCCAAUGCAGUUAUCGAAUAUGUAUUCCCUAAAACGUUUUUAUUUACCAUUAGGCCAUAUACCUGCUGCAAAGCAGAGCUUCUUUUGAUCCAACCUACGGUAACCCAAUCAAACUCCAUCUCAUUUAGAAAAAACCCCAACUUCCACUCCCACCUCGCUUUUCUUGUCGAUUCCCGCGAAAUCAUCAUCAUGCCCAUGUCCAACGCCUAUGGUUACUACACCGGAAGACGACUUGAGCAGCUCAUCGACGUAAACCGCGAUUUUCCUUUCGAUUACGCGAAAGGUCCCUACUUGUGUCUGCGGAGCGAAACAAGCCGCGCAAUCCAGAAGCUCUUUUCCCAUAAUUUGUUUGUGGCAACCAUCACGUUUCAUGGAGGAGGGCGGAGCAUUUCUUACGAAUGGGGCGACUAUUACAACCACAAAAUCAAGGCACGAGCGCCCGAUUAUUACGCGAUGAAAGACAUUGCGGAGACAAUGAAUCGAUUUUCAGAAAUAGGCGGGAGAUAUGACGUGGGAUCGACCAGCGAGGUGGUGUAUCCAGUGAGAGGAGGAAUGGAGGAAUGGGGCUAUGCCGCUUCCUGGUUCAAUCGGUACAAUCAGGUCAAAACCGUUCCAAACAAGUGCGGGAACAGUAUUCCAGUGGUUAUUACCGAAGGAAGCAAUCGAUGUUUGGUGUUUUUGGUGGAGACGGAGAAUAAGAAAAAGCCCCCAAAAUCGUCAUUAGGCGAUAAUCGGGAUGUUUUUUUGAUUUCCAAUAAUACGAGGGAUUUUUGGAUUCCCGUGUUAAUGAGACAAAUAACGGUCGUACUGGACGUUCUUCGACCGUAUUCCAUGAUUGUGGGCGUUUCAUCGGAGAGAAUUCGAUGGAAUGUGGGGGGUUGUUAUGAAGUGGACGAGACGCUUGUUAUGAUUUUCAGUUAUAGUGAGGCGUUUCAUCGCUUUGUAGCCAAUCAGAAUCAAUCGGUCUAUUCAGACUUAACCGAUUUUGAAUAUGAAUCGUUGCUUCAUUUGGUGGAAACGGAGAAACCGCUCCUUGUAACACCUUCUCUGAAAGGCGUUUCACCUCUUCGUCAAACUCCCAAACUAUCCUAUAAUCCUGGAAUUCCAGAAAACCAGCUGAUUUUUGAAUCGUCUAUUCGGUUGGAGAAUGUGGGAUCGUGUGGAUUUGUUCAUGACGCGGGUUCCAGAGAACGAAAACCCUGCGAUUCCUCCGCAGAGUUUGUUUGUGAGCCUUCGAACGAACGAAAGUUGGAGCAUGCGAAAUGA